UGAUGACGUAAUAAUUUUUUUUUGUCAUCAUAACAACAAGAUGGCGACGUCUUCAGAAGAUUGUGAAAAUUCGUCGCAAACAAACGAUGAUUUUGAGACGACAGAGAGCGAUACAGAACUUCAAAAUAUUUUCAAAAGGUUGAGAGUUAAUCAUAGAACGUAAGUAACGUUUAUGCGUUAUGAAAUUCUGUUUAUUUCUACGAAAAUAACCUGUACUUUUCAUAUCAUAUAUUGUCGAUUUUGAUAUAGACUGCAUAAAAAACCAUUUAAAAAGAACCAUUAUUUUUUUAAUAUGUCAGGCCGAAGUGUUUCGUAUGUAAUAGUUAAUACUUAGUCAGAAAUUAGGCUGAAUUAGUUUUUAACUGGUUUUCAUUUCUAUUCAAAACAAUUGGAUUUCCUGGUUUGAUUACUUUAAUUUGUUUCCUGAGUCCUGACUUACUGAGGCACUGGGCUGUUGACAGUAUUACACUGAUAAUUGCUAGUUAAAAGCCUCCGAAUCUGAUAAAAUGUACCCUCAUUGAGUACCAUACAACAGAUUAUGUUUUGAUUUGCAUUUGCAUUGCUAUUUAAUACGAAGUGACUAUAUGACCGGCAGCCGGUCACGGUUUAUCAAAUACUAAAUGGCCGGCAGUCUAGUUACCAUUGUUAAAGUUGAAUUUUUAUAAGAUAAACCUAUCCCCAACCCCAAACCCUUUUCUAACCCUAACCCCUAACCCUAACCUUUUGAGAGUUAGAAAAGUCGGGAAAAAAAGUUUAAAAAAUUUUAAGAAAAAACAAUGCUAAGUCAGACAAAACACAUCCCGACCCCGACUGCGCUUAACUUUCCGCACGCAGCGCCCUUGCCGUAUGAGCUAACGGCAAGCUCGGUAAAAGUUAACGCAAACAAAAGUUUUUAUAUUCAACUAUAGUCACUAGACUGCUGGCCAUUUAGUAUUUGAUAAACCGUGACCGGCUGCCGGUCAUACAGUCACUUUGUAUUUAAUAAAUCGAGUAUGUAAUGGUAAUGUUUGUGGCAGGGAUGGAUCCAGCAUGUGGUGGUGGUGGUGGGGGGUGGGGUGCUCUGCUAGCUCUGGUGCCGAGUUAUGUCGGUCAUGUGUGCCGCCCGCCCAUCAACUUGCUUCACUACUGCAAAGUCUUGCUUGACUAUUGUAUUUGAAUUGUAAUUGUUGUUCACAGUUCACUUAUCAUCAUGUUAUUACUCAAAUUACUGUAUCUCAUUAUUUUUUGCUUUAUCAUGAAAAAUAACACCCCCCUCCCAGUAAAUCCAUCCCUGGUUUGUAGUGUUGCAGACUGCAGAGGAGAGUGGGCAGUAAGGCUCCCUCAUGCACCACCCCAGGAAGACCUGCACCCCUCCUUGCACCCUCGCCCCUGCAAUAUAGUUGGCAUGUGUGUUUAAUGAUUAGUUGUGUAGGUUGGUAACAUUUAAAAUUUUCUGUUGUUUGAUCUACUUUAUUCUCAAUAAAAUGCAGAAAGAAAAUGCCAACUCAAGCAAGAAAAGUAAAGACAAUAAAACAACGACCUAAAAAUUCUGGACGUUUACCUGAAAAACACAAACGGAGGAAAAUCUUAAAAGAUCCUACUUUCAUUUUUACAAGUACAAUUAAAAGAACCGAAAAUAAAACAGACAAAAACUUGUCGGUAAAAGAACUGAAUGAUUCUUUGCCACAAAAUGAACCACAGAGAACGGCCUCUGCCCUAAACAGUUCUCGGCACCGUUUGCAGGGUUGCGGAGAACAGUUUAGAAACGGAGCAAAUGUGAAGGUUUCUGACUCGUUAAACAUGGACGACACAACACCCGAGGAACUAGCGGCGUAUUUUGAUCAGUUGUUACAUAUUCCUAAACCUAUGUCACAGAUGGCCGAAAUGAUGUACACAUGAGGAUAAAAAGUGUUACAGAGCUUGCGGCCAGGGUAUACCAUUGAUAAAGCUUAGCUGUUGUGCCAUACAAGAGUUUCUGCAAGUUUAUGUCAAGUUGGAAAGCUUUUGUCCCAUAUAAUGGUUUCCUUGCCAUGUCAUUUUAAUUGGUUUGUAGAAAGCCUGUGUAAUUCUGUGAUACAUAUUUUGUAUUUAUAUAAUGUGUGAAAUGUUUUUGCAGUUGGCAAAAUGGUUAAAUAUAUAACAGGAACAUUAAACCAUUUGACGUAUAUCGACUUGGGGAAUGUUGUAGCACUUUGAUAAACUAACUAUGCACCACUAACACAUCUUGGCAAUAUUUAAUAAUCCUAUUUUUCUAUGCUAUGCAUAUAUACAUACAUUUUUUUGAAAAUAAUAAUUUUUCAAAUGUUAAAAUAUUCGAGUUAAAUUCUAUGCCUAAAAAUAAAUACACUAAUAACUUAACCCUUUAAGUGGCAACCUAAUGGGUUAAUAUUCUUAAAUAAUUUUGUUAAAAUACAAUUUCCUAUUAGCAUUGUAGAUAUAAUCAGCUAAAAAUUCUAUGCCUGCUAUGAUCCAAUUCACACAUUUCUGGAUUGAGAAUGAUACAGCUACAUACCUGAAAUAUACAAGUAAUAUAAUACAAAACAUAAUCCGAAGAUAACCAUCUUGAAACCCAAAAUAUGAGUCAAUAUGACUCACUCUCUAUGACUCAAAUAUGACUCACUCACUUUCUUGUUUGACUCAUAUUUUGGGUUUCAAGAUGCUUAUCUUCGGAUUAUGUUUUGUAUUAUACAUUUUGAAAUUGUCGGCUGGUAUUGGUUUUUAUAUACAAGUAAAACUAUGACGUUUCGAUCGAAGGCCCCUGGGAAGUUAGAAGGGCUUUCGCUCGAAACGUUGAAGUUUUACUUGUACUUUUAGGUUGUUGAAACAAUCUCAAUAUGCAGAAUUCUGGUGUGAUUGUCACUACCUACGUUCGAGUUUAUAUCUCAGUUAGCUGAUUACAUAUUCUAGAAUCUAGUCAAUUAUGUUUUACUCGAAUCAUCUGGCGGUUCAAGUUUGUCAUUGUCAGGUUCUUUAUAAAAUAGAAGCGGAAACAUUCCUAAAAUACAGCCUACGAUAAUGCCAAUACCACGUCCCUGCAAAGAUAAAACAAAUCAUUGUUUAGACACUCAGAUAAUUAUUGCUUUAGUUUAUUCCGCAGUUAAGAAUUUAAGUUCCUAAAGGCCCAUGUAUGACUACACAAUAUGACCACACAAUAUGACUAGCCAUAUACGAUUCUUAUCCUGACGUAUGUACUCAAGUAAAUGCAUGUAAAUUGGAUGUCAAAUUUUGCCAUAAACUGAUGAACAAGAAUAGUGGCAUUAGCAAUCAGUUUCAUACGCCAGAAUGUCAAUUGUAAAUGACUAGUCGUAGAAUUCACUUCUGUGACCACAGUUUGAUUCUUGUAAUAAGCAGUUCACUGACUAGAAUUUCAUGAGGACAGCGCUUCCACUCUGACUCUACCGAGCCCCGCAGGUUUUGUUUUCCUCCUGUUGUAACACUAGAGCAAUGAUUGACAGCUCUUACAGGACUUUUUUGGGAGAAAAUUAAACAACCAAUAGAGAUAUUUGAUUUACCAAGUUUGUUGCGACUACAGUUCUUGUCAUUUGAAGUUGAGCUGAAUUCAUUUGUGGUCCUUCAAAACCAAGUUUAGUUGUCAGUGACUCAACAUAACCAGCCAAACUAUACAAUAAUAUACAACGUUAUUCAUCUACAGUACUUGUAUAUAUAGUAUAUCUAUCUUCCUUCAUUCUAUUGGAUAGGAGACAUCUAAGAAUUAGCACUAUUGAAAUGAUACAUACCCUAAGCCAGAUACAUCAGAUACAAUGUUUCCGAGCGCUGCAGCUAAAAAAGAUUGAUCAAUCUAUAAGGCUCACAACGGUAGUGACAAUGAAAAUUGUCAGUUGUCAGCAAGAUGCAUACACAACAUGCAGGCUUGUAGCAAGCUUGUCAACAAGUGUAACAAUGCUGUUAUUUUAUCAAGUUGCUACAAGGUUGCCACUCGCAACUUGUUGACAAAUUGUUGAAUUGUAGGAUGAUAACAAGUUGUUGGAACAACUUGUAACAAGUCUGUUGAGCUUAAUAAUCUUGUAGCAAGUUGUCAACAAGCUGGGAACAAGCAGUGC